CAGAAGUCGUCUGACAUUUGGAGAAAAUCUUCUCAUUGAACAAGACGAAGGAAAUCAUCAAUCAUUCCCGUGAUGGAACAGAACGUGUUCAAAACAAGCAACCAUCCAAGACACAGCAGCAUCUGGACUAUUAAAUGCAAGAACUUUGAUGAUGUCCUCACCACGAAAACAUCAACAAGUUGUGUGGCCUGUUUGGUGGAACUGCUUGAAGAACCAAGUUAUUUGAUUGUCAAGAAGAAAUUGGUUCUUAGUGAAUUUCUCCGACUCCUACAGAAUUGCGACCAGCUGCCAUUGCUUAUCACACACAACUACGAUGUUCUCAAGAACACAGUCAUCAUUCUUAUAGAUUUAUUAGAAGUGACUGAAGAGAAUUUUCUGGCAUUAGUCAUUGAAGUCUGCUUGAAGUUGUUAAAUCUUGCCAAAUCUGAUCCGCUAACAACUCUGGUUCUGGAUUUCAUUGCUAACCAAAUUGUGAACAACAAUUCUAACGUAGAGAAAUGCCUACCAAUUAUUGUGUUGCUGGGACGACUGUUGGACACUUUGACAGACUUACACAAAACAUACUAUCGUUACUACAACAAUACCAUACCCUGCCUGGCUGCUUCCCUUGUUCACCCUAACACUGAUGUCCAGUUGGCUGCACUCUAUAUAGUAGUUCUGUUGGUCAAGGACCCUACUAUCAGACCAUCACUUCUCACUGACUACCAAUGCCAGCUAGCCCAAGCCAUCAUCGUCAUUCUUAGCUCAUCAUCAUCAGUUCCCCUCUUGUGCAAUGUUUUAGAAAUGGUAAGAGUGUUGUUGGUCGAGAAUUCAUUCCUCCAAUUUGUUGUACAGCUGAGGUUGAAGGGAUCAAGCCUUGGGUCAGCAUUCAAAUCUCUACUACAAAACAGGAAGGAAUCACUGCAAACUGGGACACUACUCUGUGUGUUGGAACUCCUUACAAGGUCCAGGAGUAUUACACCUGCUGCCAGUGUUCUGCUCCUUGAGGCUGAUAUUGCAGAAUUACUCUUUGAGAGGCUUUAUAGCAGAAAUAGCUACCAUAUAAGGCUUUUAUUUCAGUGUCUGACUCUUUUGUCUGAAGUACCAACGUUUUUUAGUCACUUUCAUUCAGUUUAUGGAAUAGACUCCAUAAUUUCUGCACUCAAUACCUUACAACAAAUGAACCAGAAGAAACUGCUUGUAGAUGGACUGAUCUUGUUGCGUAAUAUAUUACAGAGACAACCUGACAAUAUAACACUAUUCAACAAUGUCAACAGUGUCAAGUUAUGCCUUGGUGUUUUGUCCAAAAUGAUGGAUUACCACAACAGAGAUGUAUUGGUGGUUACACUGGAGGCUGCAGCCUACAUGUUUAAGAAAGAACACUUGUUACUCCCUGUACCAUUUGAACUCCUGAAGGAUCUGUGUAAGGCUCUUGCUUACCACGUUUACUCUCUCUGUAAACCCUUGUUGCAAGGACGUAAACCAAGUAAGCAAGCUGUUGAAGAGAAAUACAGCCAGAUCAUUACAGUAUUCCAUUUACUCCUGGAACAAGCUUGCAGUUUUUGUGUAGCGUGUGAGAAGGAUCCAAGGACUUGUGAAACCAAUUACAGAGCACCAAUGUUGAAAGAAACCUCAGAGAGUUGUGUUAAGCCAGUGGAAAAGUUUGCCAAACUAUUGUUAGAAAUAACCGAUACUUGUAGUCUUCCACUGAUUAUGGCAAUCGGAGAGAAUUGUCUGAACCAUGAACUCUACCAAAAGGUCUUUUCCUACCUCAACAUCCUCUACAAGUUUGAGCAUGUCAACAUGACACCUCAGUCUAUGAAACUGUCAGCUUCCGGUUUCCUUAUGAUGAUGCUUCAGUUGAAAUAUAAGUUCAGUUACAACAAAACUCUUGCAGACCUGAUAUGUCUUUUUUAUGACAAAUUAUUCCAAUGCCUUUUCCAACACUAUUAUAGAAUAUCUUUGAUGGAGGUUAUUUCAACUGGGCUUCGCAACUGUUUCUUUUGUUUACGAGACAUCUAUCAGGAGUUUGUGCAGACAAGUGAGGACGGUACUAAGGAGUUUAUAUUAACACUCCUAUACUUCUGCUACAUAAACCAUUAUGAAUGCUUACCAAUAAAAAUUCUAUUUGACAUUCUCGACCACUUCAUAUCUUGUCAUGUUCUCUUGAAAGUUUUGCCUGAAUAUCUUCUCAAGUCUUUGGUUUUCCUUCUUGCUUGGGGGUCAAAAUACUCAAAUACUGGACCCAAGUUUGCUGUAAGUAAACGCAGUGCAAUAUCACUGGUACAGCUAAUCGAAGAAAUUCAGCCUUCAGUUUGGUUUGCUAAGCCAUCAGAUAUCUUCCUCAAUUGGUCGUUUGUGGAGUUAACGUUGACAGCAGAAACCUCAAAUAAAGUGCUUGAAUACUGGCUUAACACAGUCUCUGUUGAAGACAUUCAGUUUUGUCUUAAAAGGAACGCUGCCAUCACUUCCUCCUCCUCCUCCUCUUCUUCCAAGAACCCCAGCCAUGAUGCAGAAGACCAAACUGUAAAUGAAGAGAAAGAAUACAGAGGUACCAGAGAUGUGGUACCCUUGUCACUGAUUCAAUGCAGAGGAUUUCUACAGGCUUUGUUUGUUCAGUUGACAAACCCAAAUGAAGAACUUGCAAAGAAAGCCAUUCUUUUGAUGAACUGGAUCAUAACACAGAACCAAGAAAAUAAAAAUGAAGAUUGUGACCACCACACCAUAUUAUUGGCCUGGCUCGAAGAAACAGCUUCAGCCUGUUUACACAGCCUCCUGUUGAAACACUCUCCUUUACAAGCUACCAGUAUCUGUAGUAUCCUACCGGUUGUAACAAGAUUCCUUGAAAAACCAUUGGUCAACAGAAGUUCUGUCUUUGAUUGUAAACUGGUCUAUCACUUGGUCAAUCUGUCUGUACAUCUGGACAUCUCCAACAAAGAACACCAGAAAAUGUUCGACAGAAUAUUCUGUUACCUCACAUUUGCAGUCAAACAUGUACUCGACUCUGCGCCAAAUAAUAACAAUGUUGUAUCACUGUUGAUUCAGAAUGAGAAGUUUCUAGAAAAACUAGAAAUGGUUUUACAGAACAUGAAUGAAGGCCUCUUAGUGUUGAAGAUACAAGUCAUCCAUUUACUCAACCAACUUAUCAAGACUGUCCCCCAUGACACUCAGGUCGUCCAUCCCGUCACCAUAUCCUUCGACAACAUCAGUAUCAUGUAUGAAGGACACAAUAUCACAGCCAGGCACCAGGUCUUUGAAUUCUUGUCUUCUCUGUUUCAAGCCCACUUCCAGUCUGCGGUUGUCCGCGUACACUUCUGGUCCUCACUUUCAGCUGUUACUAAGGAGACGACAAACCUUGCUACAACUCAUAGUAAGCAAUUGAGGAAGUUAUAUAUUUACCUGCAACAAGAUAUUGUUAAGAACAUCACCACUGGCCACUCAGAAUCAAUCCAAUGUCUGCUCAACAUGUUGGACUUUCUCAACGUCAACAAUUCUUGCUUUGAACAACAGAUUAUGUCUCAACCUUGGAACCAUGUCUUACUGGAUUUCCUUUUUAGGGUCCACAACCUGGCUGAUUUCUCUGACUCCUUACUUUCACUGAUCAUUAAGUUCUUGGACCAUGAAGACUGCAUUGAGCUCAUGAAGUACCACAUGAACAAUAUGUUGAAGAAUGCCCACAUCAUGUUGAAGUUUGGUCGAAUCCAGCCAGAGCGAGUUCUCAUGUGGAGUUUGUUACACAAGUUGACAAAUGUUGCGAUGACUUGUGAUGUUGAUGAGAGUUUAGUACUCAAUGUCAAGGCCAUGAUGGAAGACAGCAAUGACAGUACACAGUGAAGAGUACAAGAGAAGUACAGGAGGAGUAUGCAUCAAAUUCACAUGAUAUGUACGAGAUCUGAUCAAUAAGUAUCUGGACUGUUGCCAUAGUAACAAAGCUAAAGCAUGCAGAGUAAAGCUG